AUGGGGGAAUGCUUGGAAACCUGUAGGCUUGCGGGGAUUACUGGCUCGCGUUUGGUGGUAAACCGCCGACGUCAAGAGGGCAAUCCUGUGCUGAAGUAUGUGAGAAAUGUCCGCUACGAGUGGGGAGAUAUAGGAACGGAUUUUGAAUGUGGACCAACCUGCGGAGUACUGUACUUGGCAUUGAAGUAUCAUAAGCUUCAUCCUAACUACAUCCUUACCCGACUAUCAGGAAAAGAGGAGAACAAAUAUGCCUGUAAGGUCGGUUUAGUGCUUUCUUUAACAGAAAAGUCAUCUGUUGAAGAAGCUGCUGAAUACAUCGAAAAUCUGAAGUUAGCUGACAACAGGGACCCAACUUUCAAGCUUCUGUAUAACUUCGGAACUCUAAAAGCCAUUGCCGAAGCCAGUGAAGAACAGCUAGCAUUAUGUCCUGGGCUUGGCCCAAUUCGUGCCAAGAACCUCUACAAUUACUUAAGAACUUCAUUCACGACAUGA